AUGGAAUAGAAAGUAGAAACAAAGUAGUUCAGUUUUUGCAGUGCAGCACUGUACAAUGUUGCUUUGGGUUGAACAUCGGUAGUAGUCGAAGUUAUUUACUGCUAAACAGGGCACAUACCUUACCGAUAAAACAUGUCUGGUUGUUUAUUCAAUAUUGAUGGUGGAUAUCUGGAAGCUUUGUGCCGUGGUUUCAAAUCUAGCAUCUUGAAGCAGUCUGAUUAUUUGAAUUUGAUACAGUGUGAAACACUCGAAGAUUUGAAGCUUCAACUACAAAGCACUGAGUAUGGACCGUUUUUAGCGAACGAAACUUCCCCAAUUACGGUGUCUAUAAUCGACCAAAGGCUGCGUGAAACAUUGGUUGUCGAAUUCUCAUAUCUUCGGAAUCAAGCGGUUCAGCCAUUGGCGGAGUUUCUGGACUUUAUCACAUACAGCUACAUGAUCGACAACACGAUCUUGCUCAUUACGGGUAUGUUGCACAAGCGUCCAGUGCUAGAUGUAAUCGCAAUGUGCAACCCACUUGGCCUGUUUGAACAAAUGGAAGCUAUUAAUAUGACAUUAGCCCCAUCUGAUCUCUACAAUGCAAUUCUGAUCGAUUCUCCGCUGGCUCCGUUUUUUGUCAAUUGUUGCUCGGAGCAGGAUAUGGAUGAACUGAAUAUCGAAAUUUUACGCAACACUCUGUAUAAAACAUAUUUGGAGAAGUUCUAUAACUUGUGCAAAGAAAUUGGAGGAGCUACUGAAAAUGUUAUGUGUGAAAUACUGGCAUUUGAAGCUGAUCGUCGUGCCAUCAUUAUAACCAUCAACGCACUUGGAACGGCACUUCCCAAAGAAGAGUAUGUGCAUCUUUAUCCAUGCUGUGGUCGUUUAUAUCCAGAAGGUUUGUUGGCAUUGGGACGCGCGUCUGAUUACGACCAAGUACGGUUGGUUGCCUCGCGUUAUGCCGAGUAUAGAACGCUGUUCGAAGACCUAAACAAUCUCGAUGGAUGGUCCUUGGAAGACAAAUUUUCCUGUUACGAAGCUAAGCUCCACACGCGCAGCUUUAUGCAGCAGUUUCAUUUUGGUGUAUUUUAUUCAUACAUAAAACUAAAAGAGCAAGAAUUUCGUAACAUCAUAUGGAUAGCAGAAUGUAUCGUGCAGAAUCAACGCAACAAGAUAAGGAAUUAUAUUUCUUUAUUAUAAACAUGUGAGAUACACCUUUAAAAACGUCGUCAUGGAAAUACAUUCUAUGCUCAAAUAUUUGUACUAAUUUUAUGUCGUCCCUGUAAUUUAUAAUCCUGUAAUUUUAUGUUAUCCCUGUGGUAAUAAUGUUACAUAUUUGCUA